AUGCAGUGUUUCCCGCCCCAUACCUUUGUGCUGCCGCCCCUCGUGCUCGAGUCCUUCACCACCAUCUCCCUGCCGCCCAUGACGGAGGGUGUGCAGAAGGUCUGGCCCGUCUCGACAGAGGACGGCAACGCGGUCUACACGACCAUCACGACGACGGUAGUCAUCACCGUGCCGGCCCUCACGACCAGCAUCAUCCACUUCUCCAACAUUCCGUGGACGCAGACGGACGAUAACGACGACGACAACACCGUCAUCUGGUUCUACACCAGCAUCGAGCCGCACGGCACUCGAGGAGGCACCCGACCCAACGCUCGCCGAAUCAUCCCCUGCAUAGGCUUCUGUUCCGGCGGUGGUGGUGGCGGCGACCCCAACGACCCAGACGACCCAGAUGAUGACGAUGACAACGGCUGCUGCUGCGCUGGUACUGACAAGUCAGGCCCUACGAGCGAGGAGCAAUGCUUCUGCGAACCCAAGGACUGCGACCCGAGCGAGGACGCAUCGUCAUACCUGGGCGUCGUCGCCAACAAGGGCGAGGGUGGCUGCCAAGACGACUGCUAUGGGUGCCAGCAGUACGGAUGCGGUGACGACUGUGCGACGUGCGAUGUGGAGGACUGA